UCAGCCCAACGCCCUGCGCCUUCUCUCUCCUCUCUAUCUCUUCUGUGUAUGAAAUUUACACAGUAAAACCCAGAUUUCUUUCAAAUUUCUUAUCUGUUUGUGAAAAGGAGGUUGUGUAGGGUUACCAUUGGGUGCAUUAAGGACUUUGCAAUUGUGGUGACGUGGAAUGUGCUAGGUGAUCCACGUGUUGCAUGAUGAAGAACUCACGCCGUGAAGUUUUUCCGUCAAAUAAACGCAAAGAGAGAGAUGACGUUCCUAACGUCGUGAAAAAACAUUCAACAUUCACGACUAAAACGUUAGCCAAGCCGAGCCUUCAUAGACCAGCAAAAAAGCCGGUCGAUCAGCCGGCUUCAAAUAAUAAGCUCCUGGCUGGGUAUUUAGCCCACGAGUUUUUGACUAAGAGUACCUUAUUUGGUCAGCCCUGGGAUCCAGCUCCAGUGGAAGCCGUUCCUCUGUCACUAAAUCAGAAGCCCUCUCCGAGCCGAAAAAUGGAAAAUGAGCCGCAAGCGAAAGCCGAGAAUGAGGAGGAGAAUUAUCUGAGAUACAUGGAAGUAUCGCAUUUGUUGAAAUCAGAUGGGGCCCAUGUACCAGGCGUGUUCAACCCGACCCAACUCACACGGUUCUUACAGUAGUCUUUACUUUAUGUUUUAGAAUAUUUUUAAAAAAAAAAUUCAGUUUCUGCAUGAUUUAAUUUAUUGGCUAAAAAAA